CGAUGCGGAGGGUGCGGGAUGGAGCUCCCGCACGGACCGGGACCCCUCGAUGCCGAGGGGGCGGGAUGGAACACCGGCAAGCCGGGUCCGGGCUCCGUGCGGGAGCUCCAUCCCCCACCGGGCUGGGACCCCGCGGGCCCCGGCUGAUCCCGGGGAUGCUCCCGCAGCGCUCCGGUGUGCGCGGACGGCUGGAGCAGGUCUGCGUGCCCCGGGGUUCCUCUCCCGCGGCAAAUCGCAUGUUCCGGGCUAGUUUGGUUUUGGGUGGGUGCCUGCCCUCGUCUAGCAGGGAGCGGACGCUGUUCACGAAGGUGUUUUACCCUCCGCGGAGAAAUUUUGCCCUCCACAAACUUCUGUCUUGUAGAUGCUGUCCAAGCCCUGCGCUCUGCCAAGCGCUGCCUCGGUUUAAAAUACCUCCUGAACAUCCACACAAGGAUCUCGCACGGGAUCACAGGAUUAUGGCAUGGUUUGGGUUGGAAGGCACCUCAAAGCUCACCACAUCCCAACGCCCACGCCACGGGCAAGGACGCCUUCCACCAGACCAGGAGAUGCUAAGGUCCGUUCUUCCACCUCCUUCCCUCCUCAGAUUGUUAGUGGUACAGCAGCCAGGAAACUUGCUUGACACGAGAUGCUGAGAUUUCAGCCUGCACUCUGACUCGAGCAAUACAGCUGCUUCAUCUGCCUCUCUGGUAUAUCAAUUAAAUAUCUUGACAAUUUCCUUCCCUUCAGGGACUCUACUUUUCCAAUGAGUGCUCUGGUUCUCGUUAUAAUUUUGAGAAAUCUUCAUUUUGUCUCAUUUGAUUUCAUCUCGAUUGACAACCAGAGCAGAUUUUACAGGCAGCUGCUGAAAAGGCUGGGGUGCAGCAGCAUCAGCCCCUUUCCCCAGGGAAUUUACAGCUUAAGACUAGAGCCAGAACCACAAAGUGCUGUGGAGGAACAAAGUGAAUGGGAAAAAGUAAAAGUAAACAUGAUUUCUUGUGACAAAGUGAGAUCUGUGCAGGCAAUUCUCUUUGUGUUGUUAAUUGUGUAGGGUAUGGGUCUGGGGAAAUAAAAAAUUCAAGGAUGACUUGGCUUGUCUGAGUUAAAAUCUCCUUCAGCCUUCAGACUGACAAUUGUGUUCUCACAGGAGGAUUGUGCAGGCCCCAGAGAAUCAGCAAUAUAAUCUCUCUCUUGUUUUUUUUUUUUUUUUGGGUUCAAAAUCAGGACAUCUGUCCCUGGAGGAGGAGGAGGAAGGUGCUGCAGUACUGCUGUAGCAGUCAAUUUUAAUAAUACAACAGUAUUAACAGGAACAACCACCACGAAAAUCACCAUUAACAAGAAUAAAACAAAUAAAUUACUAUUAUUAUUAUUAUUAGUAGUAGUAGUAGUAGUAGUAUUGUUGUUGUUGCUGCUAUUGUUGUUGUUGCUGUUGUUGUUAUUAUUCCUCUAAUGGAAACAGAUAAACUCAGAGAGCUAACAUAUAUUUAAGUAAAGGAAUGUAGAACAGACAAUGUUUGUGUCAUGGAGCACACUGGCAUAUAAUUCAACAGA